UAUAAGAUAUAGAUGGCUCUGAAGUCGGUUUCAAAAUUUGGCGGUUGUUGAAUUUUUAUCCCAGUGUGAAAGACGGCAAGUCUAACGGCCACCAUCCUUGUGACAAGUGUGCUCACUUAUUCCGUCACAGUGUCGUGUCUCUGGAAAUAAACGUUUGGUGGACAACACGUCGUUCAAAUUUUUGUUGUCUCGAGCCAUUUGAAUUCUGCCUUCUGUUCCUUCAGAAUUUCGAAUCAUUCAUAUUUUUUUGGUUUAAGCUUUCCCCUCUUGCCAAUAAAAAGUGAUGCCCUCUGCUAUGGAAGAUUUUACUAAAAUUGAAAAGAUCGGUGAAGGAACUUAUGGUGUCGUUUACAAAGCUAAGAACCGUAAAACUCAGCAAUUUGUGGCCAUGAAAAAAAUCCGACUGGAAAAUGAAGAUGAUGGUGUUCCUUCUACUGCUAUCAGGGAAAUUUCCCUCUUGAAAGAGCUCCAACAUCCUAAUAUUGUGUGUCUUGAGGAUGUUUUGAUGCAAGAAGGAAAGCUGUACCUUAUUUUUGAGUUUCUGUCUAUGGACCUUAAGAAGUACAUGGAUAGCAUUCCAACUGGACAGUUGAUGGAUAAAACACUUGCCAAAUCUUAUUGCCAUCAGAUUUUGGAAGGUAUUUUGUAUUGCCAUCGACGCCGUGUUCUCCAUCGAGAUUUGAAACCUCAGAACCUACUCAUCGAUAAAAAUGGAAUUAUUAAGAUAGCAGAUUUCGGCCUUGGUCGCGUAUUCGGGGUCCCUGUUCGAGUUUAUACUCACGAGGUUGUUACGUUGUGGUAUCGUGCUCCAGAAGUUCUACUAGGCUCGUCCAGAUAUUCUUGUCCCAUAGAUGUCUGGUCAGUCGGUUGCAUUAUGGCGGAAAUGGUAACAAAAAAGCCAUUGUUUCAAGGAGAUUCGGAAAUCGAUCAGCUGUACCGUAUUUUUCGAGUGAUGAAGACGCCUACUGAGGAAAUGUGGCCGGGUGUCUCCAAGAUGCCCGACUAUAAACCUACAUUCCCCAAUUGGAAUACUUAUCAUCUUCAAAACUCUGUAAAACAGUUGGACUCCAUUGGUUUUGAUCUGCUACAGAAAACUCUUAUUUACGAUCCAGCCCUGCGCAUCACUGCUCAGGAUGCCUUGGAUCAUGCUUGGUUUACAGAUUUGGAUAAAUCCAUCUUACCUACCAAUGUGCCUGCUUAAUAAGCAUUCCUUGUGUUAAAGAUGACCAUCAAGCCUUCAACUGCGUUCAUGGUUGUUUCUUCAUUUAUUUUUUUCUUUAUUCCUGCUUUUUUUCAUCUUUUUUGUAUGCUAUUGAGAGAAGCUGGGUGUGAUUACUAUUCUUGGUAGAAAAGAAAUGUCAUCUCGAAUACUUUCGACUGUAAACUAUAGUUUCCUAAUAAAUAUGCCCACGAGGA